AUGGUUCCCCCACUGAAACCGAUAGUGACUAGUAAGCCAUUCGAGAUUGUCGGUAUGGAUAUACUAGAAAUGGGACCCACAACCGAAGGUAACCGCUAUAUCCUAGCGGUAGUUGACCAUUUCUCGAAAUUCGCCGGGGCUUACGCGAUUCCAUCCAAAUCCGCAUCAGUCGUAGCUCGAGUCUUUUUCGAACGGUGGGUGGCAGAAGGCGGUCGCCAGCCGAAAUGUAUCCUAUCGGAUCAAGGAGGAGAGUUCGAAAAUAAGCUGAUGGAGGAGCUAAGGAAGCUGAUGGGAUGUGAGCAGGUGUUUACUAAAGGCUAUAACCCGCGUGAGAACGGCAUCACCGAGCGAUUCAAUCAAACCAUCAUCGCAAUGCUACGGAAGAAAGCGCAAGUGGCGGUAGAGUGGGACAAAAUUCUUCCAGCAUGUGUUUUCGCUUACAACACUACCGUCCACGAAUCCACGGGAGAGUCGCCUUUCUUUUUAUUGCAUGGAUUUGACGCGCACGUCCCCUGGGAUGUAGCCGGAACUGAAAUCAGCAAAUACGCCGUGGACCUGGACAGCUACGUGCAGGAAUUGGCGGUUGGCACGCAGAUUGCCCGUGAGUACGCCCGAGGAGUGAACGAGAAAAUGCGAGAGCAAAUGAAAGCCUCGUACGAUCGCGAGAAAGGAGUUGACUCGCGUCCUGUUCCUCCGCAGAUAGGCGACCGAGUAUAUAUGAAGAUACCGGGAGAGCGGCAAUCAUAUCGCAACCCUAAACUAGCUAAUCCCUGGGAGGGACCCUACCGGGUGUUGGACACCAGCAGCAAUAGCGCGCUGAUCACACUCAUAGGUGCGAAUAAAGAGCCUGUUAGAGUGCCUUUCGACCUGCUGAGAAAACUGCCCCGGGGAAUAUCCGAUGAACCCCUUAGAACUAGAAAGACUAGGGGAAAAAGGGGGCGCCCGCGCAAGAAACCCACAUCUGAUCCAGUAAUGACGCUGAUCGAGGCCAACGAUCCACUUCAUCUUCGAUUUCGAUGUGAAUGCGGCCUUUUUGGACAAAUGGCCCACGUCGCGUUGCCUGGCCUAACACACGCCAUGGCCCGAUCGAAGAAAGUAAUGGACAUGUUCCAGUUAGCCAAUGUCGCGUCCGUCUCAGAGGAACAAUGUUGGGGCGACGAGAAGAAGGAGACUGAAUUAAGGAGGAAGAACUCA